AUGUCCUCCUUCAUCGAUCUCAAAGACCUCUACAGCCAGCCACCCCCUCCAUUCGGGAAACCCCUGCUCAAAUACUUCGCACUCGAUCCCGAGUACGCUAACCUGAACAACGGCUCGUAUGGUACCCCUCCCAAACCCGUGCUGCAGGCUGCUCUGGAGUGGUCGCACAAGGUGGAGGCCAACCCGGAUCUCUUCCAUCGUAUCACCUACAUGCCCGUCCUGGCGGAGAACCGUAAACUCCUCGCAGAGAUGAUUGGCGCCCACCCCGAUGAAGUCGUGUUGGUCAACAAUGCGACGACGGGUAUCAAUACCGUUUUGAGGAACUUUGACUGGGAGGCUGGAGACCUUCUCAUCGACUUCACCACGUCGUACCACUCGACCAACACGACGGUUACUUACAUCUCGGAGAUCCCUCCCCACCCCAAACGCCUCUCCUUCAAGCUCAACUACCCCAUCACGCACGCCGAAAUCAUCGCCCAGUUCAGAGGGUUCCUCCAGUCUCCAGAAACCCAGGUGGGCAAGAACAACAAGAGACUCGUCGUCAUCGACAGUAUCGUCGCGAACCCAGGUCUCCUUCUUCCCUGGCAAGAGCUCGUCAAGAUCGCAAAGGAGGAAGGUCUAUGGACCGUCAUCGACGCAGCUCAUUCAAUCGGGCAAGAACCCAACAUCAACCUGGGCGAAAGCCAGGCUGAUUUCUGGGUUUCCAACUGCCACAAGUGGCUCCUCGCCAAACGGUCUUGUGCAGCGUUGUACAUCCCAUUCCGCAACCAACAUAUCAUCAAGACUACUUUGCCCACAUCCAACUUUUAUGUUCCCCUAGCGAAGAGGAACGGUGAUCCCCAACAUGAUAUCCUUACCCAGUUUGAAUGGACAGGAACGCAGGACCUGGUACCCUUCCUCGUAGUCAAAGACGCCCUCGAAUUCCGCAAAUGGAUCGGUGGAGAAGAGAAAAUUCACGAAUACUGCCACGACCUCGCCAUCAAGGGAGGAAAGUACCUCGCCGAGCUAUGGGGCACACAACUCCUCGAUCCCGACGGAACAUCAACCGUGCACAUGGUCAACGUCGAGCUCCCCAUUCCACCAGAAACCAAAGUGACUCGUCCGAUGGCCAAAUACAUUGAAUCGCGAUUGUUAGAGAAAGAGAAGGCCUACUCGGCUUGGUACUUCCAUAAUGGAAAGUGGUGGACGAGGUGUAGCGCACAAGUCUGGAACGACCUCUCGGAUUUUGAGCACCUAGGUAGAGCCUGGUUGAACGUGGCCAAAGGUUUGAAGGAAGAAUUCGGACAGAAGGAUUAA